GGCGUAUUAUGGGUAAAUUAUAACCGGAAUACACCCACAUAAGAGCUCGAGUCAUUCCAUGUUCAGCAAGGUGCACUUGGAAGGGACCAAGGCACGUUUCCCCAGUUUUAGCGUGUCUCACCAUAUAUAGUUUCAUUCUGUAGCUGUAUAUCUGCAAUCAGAAGAUCACGAUGCCUAUGUUUGUUGUGAACACCAAUGUGGCGAAGGAUGCUGUGCCAGCCGCCUUCUUGUCCGAGGCCACGCAGGAGCUGGCCAAAGCCAUGGGGAAACCUGUGCAGUACAUCGCGGUGCACGUUAACCCCGACCAGAUGAUGAUGUUUGGGGGGAAGCCGGACCCGUGCGCGCUCUGCUCCCUGAACAGCAUUGGAAAGAUUGGAGGAUCACAGAACAAGCAGUACUCCAAACUGAUAUGUGGUCUGUUGAAUAAGCACCUGGGAAUCUCCCCCGACAGGAUCUACGUGAACUUUGUGGACAUGGAUGCUGAGAAUGUAGCCUGGAACAACACGACCUUUGGCUGAAGGUCAAUGCUGCCUGUGAAUAACAAUUAACCUAAAUAUCCUGUUUAGAGUCCGAGACGUAAUAAAUUCACCAUUUCUCCUUCCUGAUUAAAUCUGAUGGCUACAUUUACAUAUGGAUCUAUGUCAGUUUGCUUUUUAGGCUCUGUUAGAAAAUGCUUAAACCAACAUGCCAUAUGGUGACAUGGAAAAUAAAGUGAAAAUCCCCUAUUUUA